UUUUUCCUGACUCUUCCACCAGCUGCACAAAGCUAUUGUGCUUUAGGGUUUCUGAGUCUCAAGGUUUUACCUAAAGUUUCAGGCUUCAGCUUUCUUUUUGGAAUCACAAGUGGCAGGCUACUUUCAGCUUGACUUAAAUGUUGUUGUCUUGCACUCCAUCCCCAUUCUGUCCAGCAGUCUUCCCCCCUAAAAUACCAGGCAUAGGCAAACUGCCCAGGAGGCAUCAAAUUCCCUUCAUUCCCAGGCUCCUCUCAUAUUCCGAUCACUGAUAACAUUAGGUAGCACUCGUGUGACACUCGUUUUAUCUUGUUAUUGUGUAACAGCAGAAGGCUGGCAGUGAAUAUGUUAAUUGCUGGGAUUGUAUGUACAUGCUAGUUUCCUUUGAAAUAUUCAUGAACAUUUUCACUGUGAAGAGAGCACGUUGUGUGUCAUGUUUGUAAGAUUUCCUCACAGAGGCCCAGUUCUCACCAAGAUGGUUAAUCUGUUUCUAGGCUGUACCAUUUCAGAUUGCAGAUGAAACCCACAUCCUUGAAUGUUCCUGCGUACAAAGAAUUCAGAGCUCUUUCAAAUCUAGAUGUCAGGAAGAACAAUCCUAACUGUGGGGUGGCUGGCAUGGAGGAGCAUACAGCCAUCUUGAGUCCCCACCUGCAGUCUGAAGUGGUACAGCCCAGACUCAGGUGUACAACCUCAAUGAAAUCUGAGCCAGAAGCGCAAUCCCUAUAAUUCCUUGGGAACGAUUGCUGCACCAGUUUGAAUCUGCAGUGUAGAUACAUGCUCAGGGUGCAUUCUGCUACACAAUUAGAUGCUAUAGGCAGGAAGUUGUUUUAGGGUACAGUGAUAAACUGUGGCUUUAUGUGGAGAGGGUGCUGGAAGAAGGACCAGGAAGCCCAGAGAUUGCAAGGGUGAAGCAGAGGUUGCAAGAAAGAGUCUGGCUCCAGGCCAGUUUCACCCCUGAUAGUUUGUGAAUAGCUUUCAGGGCCAUCAUUUCAGUGAACUGGUUUUGAGUCUUUGUACCUGGUUAAUUUGGCAUUUAGUAUUUGGCAUCUGAUAUCCAAACAUGUUUUAGAGCAAUGUGGUACCUAACCUUUCGGUUGUGUGGGAAAUAUAUAUACACACUCUCAACAGUAAUUGAUAUUUUGUAUGUAGCUUCCUUUUAUUUUAUACCUUGAGUUUUAAAUUGUGCAUCAACUUUUAAUUAAUUCAUCAUAGGUUUUUAAUAUGCUAUAUUUUACUGCUUGGUUUGGUUUGUGAGCUACCCAGAAAACUGCUAUAGGGCAGCCUUAUAAAUGUAAUAAUGAUGAUGAUGAUGAUGAUGAUGAUGAUGUUAAUUCAUCGAUAACUGAUUAGUGAUUUCAUCUGUACUUUUAAUUUGUUGUUGAGAUUUAAAUUAUUAUUGUUUAUUAGUACUAUUUUGAUGCCAAAAGGGUUGCAUUGCUGUUAUCAAUUCAUAAUUAGGCUUUCUUAACUGCCAUACGUGUUGCUUUGCUUGAAAUGGUUGACAUGUGAACCCUGAGAUCCUUGGAAAUUGUUUUAGCUACGUUUUCCUGCCCAAAAUUACAUAGUCUGGGAGAUUGUUAAGAAAAUGACUAUGAUCAGAAAAAUAGGGCAGGCAAAAGAGACAGCGGCAGAGAGGUGUGUUUGUGUGUCCGUGUGUGUCCUGUCAAUAGGCAUUAGCAAUUCCAGCACAAUAUGAUGACCCUAAGCUGAUGUACUCUUAAAGCUGCACCAGAUCCCACACUUAAUCUGUACAGGCAGAACCAUUAAUUUCUUUAGUGUUUUUAACAAAAGUUAGAAUGAUGCACAGAGGCUUUUCAUUAGUAGGCCACCUGGCUCUAAAAUAUGCAAAACCAGGGCAGACUCUCACCAAAUAUAAUCAGGGCUCCUUCACAUAUUACUGAAACAAUGUGAACUUUUAGUGUGUUCAUUGCAUUUUCAGUUGAGGAGGCUGUACUUAUUAAAAUCAUAUGUGCUUGAAAAUAUGUUGCAAGAGGCCAGGACCUGCUGCGCUUUGUGCACAGAAAUAAAUGCAGGCGACAGCUUCAUAUGCUGUGGGGUUUACUGCCAAACACACUGGUCUUCUAGUUUGUAACAAGUAUCCCUGAAUUAUAGGACAUUGAGAUUGGAAAGAAGAAAUCUCACUUUGAAAAUUAAGAUGAGCAUAUAUGCAGCCAAAGCAACACAGGAGAAUCCAAGAUCAGAAACUUUAUCAUCUAAUCUAGAGCAAUGCAAGAAAGUAACCAUAUUUGUUUUUCUGUAAAGAUAAUGGAAGACAAAGAGUGGAAAGAGCUGGCUAACAUCACGCUGUCUAGCCAUCUGCCACUGGAUGAGAUUUGACAGCAAUAAACAUACACAAUCCCUGUCCAGAGACCCCACUCAAGAUCUUAUGGUGCCUUUCACAAAUGAGUUUAGUGUAGGGGGAUGGGAGCAUGUAAUGAAACUUACUGUAUGUUGACCCCCAACAUUUAAAAUUUCCCUCUUGCUUGCUUGUCUACAAUCUUGAACAUAGAAAAUAGUCAUUGACUGUCCAAAAAGUCUAAAGCAAUCAAACUCAAUCACAUUUCAGAUUUUGAAGUGAGAUUUCAGUCUCCCCACUCCUCUCAAAUCCUAAUUACAAGGUUUCCCAUUUCCAUUCUUGAAAUGUUUUCCUGUGCACCAAAUAUUUAUUGUGAUUUCAUUAAAGACAAGGGUUUAGAACACAGAAUUUCUUUUCCAUUCCAUUAAGUUAAAUGGCACGAGUGCGCAUUAGGAACUGAUUUGAAUGCUUCUCAUCAAAUACUGUUUCCUGUGAAGUUUAGCACAGUGUCAUGUAGUAUAAUUCAUGUGUGUUAGUUAAACCAAGCCAAGUGGCUUUGCAGCUUUCAAAGCCACUUAGCUUGGUAUGCAGCGUUCGUAGCUCUGUGAACCAAGACUGUAUAUAACUAGUUAGAAAUAUUUGUACAGUAUGUGUGCUAUUUGCGACUAAAUGGAUUCUGAAAAUAAAUAGGAUUGCAAAGUUGAAAGUUAUGUGCAGGUGAAUUCAAGAGAAGCAAGAGUGUAAAAAGACAUUGGUAUUAUCAAGAUAAGAACAUUCAUUAUAAAGAAUAGUAUCCUUAAGUGUUUUUUAUUGUGUAUUCUCAGGCAUUAGAAAAGGCAGAAUCAGUAAGUCAAGGAAUGUAUUUGAUAUUGUGAUUUUUGCUGUUGUAAUAUACAAAUGCAAACUCUUGAGCUGAAGAAAAUUGCUCUUGAUGUAGCCUGAGUCCAGAAUCUCAAGGUGCUUCCACCCUGCAGGAGUUUUGUGGAUGCUACUAAUUGUUCUGCGCUCUCUGCCCAGGCACUGUGCCAAUCCCUGACCAUCACUAGUCCAAGUGGACUAGAAGGGUGAGUUUAGGUUACAUAGAAAUCAUAGCAAAGAACGGGAAAUUGCAUCCCCAAACGACUGCUAUAUAAUAGUUGAUUAGUGAGAUGAUAACUGUGGAAAUAGAUUUUUACUUCUUUGAAAGGAACCUGUAAACUGUGAGUCCCUGUGUACAUGUGAGUCAAGCUCCUUCAUGGAGUCAAAAUGGAUGUAAGAAGAUCCAUGGAAAUGUAUCAGGCAGAAGUGGGAAAUGCAGGUGUUGACGAUUCCUACCCUCUCCAGGGCCUGUGACACAGAGAGAUAUUUAGAAUCAGAGAAAUUAACAUUCCUUGGUUAGUAGAACAAGCAGCAGUUCCAUCAUCACUUACUUGUUAAGACUUUCUUGUCUGUUGAUGUGAAGAGAUCUGAACUUGCGUCUUUGAAAAACAUUGACCGGGAAUUAAGGAAGUUGAGCAUUGCUUGGUCCUGAAAGCUCUAUAUUGGAGCAACACCUUACUUAGUAUGGCAAUUCCGUAUAUAGGGGGACUCCACCUGAUGCAACUAUACUCCAGCUGGGGCACUAUGUGACUAUUGGGAAGUCACAGCUGUGGUGAAAAGGAGGCUUGCUUACAAACAAACAGAAGCUAUAAGUUUAAUGUUAAAAUGAGGUGGACGUCUUUGCCAUGGAACAUAUGCUGGUGCACAUUUUUUAUGUUCCCCAAAUACCCAAAAGAUUGUACCUUGGUCAAAACAAACUUUGUCCGUGCCAGAGAGCAUGUCUCUGCACAUAGCAAGCAGCUCAUUCCAGAGGCAGUGGAGCAGCAGUGAUUGCCAGUAUUCCCAGAUGCUUGCGUUUAAAGCCAUGGGCCGUGUUUCAAAACCAGGUUUUAGUCACAAAUACUCCUCUGGACAGUGAAGACCAAUCUAGCUAACAGAAUAACAAAUGCAAUAUGAACAACCUGUAAUCAUUGCCCUAUAUUAUCUGCACAGUACUCCUGGAGAAGAACCAGCACCGUAAAUACAUUCUGUCUGUUUCAUUUCUACUGUGAAAUCUCACACACGGGAGGUGCCCAGCUUCUCAUCCACACAUGAUGCCACUAGGAGCAAAUCCAGGUGCUUCUAAAGCACAUAAGACAGAAGACACCACUUUUUCAACAGCAGUGUGCCUCAUCUACCUCUUCACUGAAGUCUACCAUGACAACAUUCAGAAGGCAUUGUCUACCUUUAGGGGAGAGAAAAUACUUUUAUUCAUAGAUUUCUUUCAUCUUUUCCAGGAAGUCCAUGAAUCUCCUUGACCUGACCCCUUCCCUAACUAUUAUCUUAGUUGUCUCCACUAUGGAAGCUGUUUGUUGGGAACAUCAGGGACCAGGUUCUUGCUCAUAAAACUCUUUUUAACCUUGCUCCUCCUAACCUUUCACUCCAGAGGCUUAAAAAUUUCCUUUGUGAUGUCAUGGUUUAUUCUGUUUUGUGUACUGGCUGCAAAACUCCUGAAAUUUAGGAAAGGAAAUAUGGAGAGACUCUAGUAUACUCCAUUUGGAGAACAAAGGCCAUAGUGGGAAUGAGCUUUGAAGAGCUCUCCUGCAUCGGUUAUUGAAUUCCAUUCAUUUAAAGGAAAUUCAGGCAGACAUCAAUGGGUCUUUUAACUUGAUCUUAUAUCCAGCAAAUGGCAGUAUAUCACUUGAUUGUGCAGCCACUGGUGUUUGUUGCAUUCUAUUUUUUAAAAAAUCUGCAAAAUAUGCAGUUUGCUGGUUUAGCUUAUAACCCCAACCAUUCCAAACAAAGAGUGUUCAUUAUUGAAUUUAAAUGCUUGUGACAUUCAUUAAUGAAUUCAAAAGCUUGUAAUGACAUAGGAUUUAUUGUUCAUAUAAUUAUCUUGGGAAAUCCAGUCACUGACAGCUGGCGAAUGGGCUCCCAGCUCUUCAACAUUUGCACUGGCGCUUUAAGACCUCCCCCACCCCAUUGCUGGAGCUGGGGAGGGGGAGAAUGGGUGGUCCAUCGCAAACAGCCAGGCGCUUCCUUGAUUCCAGGAGCCCUGUAUCUGCUUUGAUGGACAACAAAGCUCCUCCCCUCUUGAUUCCGAUACGGACUAGGCACCGCUGCUGUUUUCUGUGGAAGAAAAACAGAGAAAAGAUGCAGAUGGUGCGCCGCUUUCUCAUCCGUUGUGCGAUCUAACCCGGGAUUCUGUGUUGUUUCCUUGGCUGUGCUGGAAUCAGAGAGGACAGAGGUCCAGCAAAGGAAGAGGAAAUUCUGGCGACAUUAUGCUGUCUCUGGAAGAAAGACUACUCCUGCCAUGGCAAGUAAGAGCUUUGCUUUUGGUUUCUGUCUCUCUCCAGUGUGCUGGAGAGAUGACCCAGCUCCGUUAUUCGAUUCCUGAGGAGUUAGCUCCUGGGGCCUUUGUUGGGGAUGUGGCUAAAGACUUGGGUCUAGAUGCUGCCCGGGUGCUCUCCCGACAGCUGCAGAUCAUGGCUGGCUCUGCUGAAAAGUACUUCGAAGCCAAGGUGCCAAAUGGUGUCUUGGUCGUGAAAGAACGGCUGGACCGAGAGCAGCUUUGUGGGCCCAGCUUACACUGCCUGCUCUAUCUGGAGCUCCUACUUGCAAACCCAACAGCCUCCCAUCGUGUGGAAGUUGAGCUCUUGGAUGUGAAUGACAAUGACCCGGUUUUUCUUACCAGUCUCACCCAUUUGGAGAUAGCAGAGUCUGCAAUGCCAGGGGCCCGCUUCCCCCUGGAAAGUGCUGAAGAUUUGGACGUUGGCAUGAAUUCAGUCAGCACCUACCAGCUGAGUCCACGUGGACAAUUCAGCCUCAGUGUUAAGUCACAUAAAGGCGGCAGCAAACCUGAGCUGGUGUUAGAGAAGGCGCUGGAUAGAGAACAACAGCAGCGCUACCCCCUGGUGCUUACAGCCCUGGAUGGAGGAGUUCCUGCUAAAUCCGGGACAGCAAAGAUUCUCGUGUCAGUCAUAGACGCCAAUGACAAUCCACCUGUCUUUAACCAGUCGGUGUACAAAGUUAGCCUACUAGAAAAUGCCCCAGUGGGGGCCCUUGUGACACAUUUACAAGCUACAGACAAUGAUGAGGGGGCAAAUGGGAAAGUUUCCUACUCCUUCAGCAGCCACACUCCACAGAAAAUCCGGAAAAUGUUCAGCCUUAAUGAGGAGACUGGGGAGAUAAGAGUCCUGGGAAGUGUGGAUUACGAAGAUGACACAUUGUAUGAAAUUGAUGUGAGGGCCAAAGACCAAGGGUCACCUUCCAUGGAUGCACACUGCAACAUCUUAGUGGAGGUAGUGGAUGUGAAUGACAAUGAGCCUAUCAUUAGGUUCACUUCCCUCACCACCACCAUACCAGAAGAUGCUCCCCCAGGCACCACAGCAGGGCUCCUCAGAGUCAGUGAUGCAGAUUCUGGGGGAAAUGGAGAAGUACAGCUUCACCUCCCUGCAGAUAUCCCCUUCCAGAUUGUACCUUCCUUCAAGAACCACUACUCUUUGAUCACCAGUGGCCCCCUAGAUCGGGAGGAAAUCUCACAGUACAAAGUUAUGAUCACAGCUACAGAUUCUGGUUCUCCACCUCUCUCCAGUCAAAGAAACUUCCUUGUAAAUAUAUCUGACCUGAACGAUAACCCACCCCACUUCUCACAGCCUGCAUAUGAGACUCUCGUAACUGAGAACAAUGCUCUGGGGCUGCCAAUCAUUUCUAUAUCUGCCUUUGACCCUGAUCUGGGGCAGAACUCACACCUGUCUUAUUCGUUAGUAGAGCAUAUCAUAAAUGGAAUGCCCAUUUCCUCCUAUGUCUAUGUUAUGGAGAACGGUACUAUCUACAGUGGCUGCUCAUUUGACUAUGAGCAAACCCAGCAACUGGUUUUCCAGAUUCAAGCUAAGGAUAAUGGUUCUCCUCCACUCUGUGCCAACGUGACUGUCUCCAUCUUCAUCAUAGACCAGAAUGAUAAUGCUCCUCUCGUUGUAUACCCUGUAACCAAGAAGGGGGUCCUAGCCCAGCAGCCAGUCCCUUUUUCUGCACAAGGAGGUUACCUGGUAACCAAAGUCACAGCUGUGGAUGCAGACUCUGGGCAGAAUGCAUGGGUUUCUUAUAAGUUGCAGCAAGCCACAGACCCAAGCCUUUUCCAAGUAUCGGCGUUCACAGGAGAGAUCCGAACCGUCCGAGCCCUCCUGGAACAAGACGCCCCUUCCCAAGAGUUGGUUGUUGAGAUCUUGGACAAUGGGAAGCCACCUCUGUCUGCCACAGCCACUCUGAUUCUUAAUCUAGAGCAUGAGCAUGAGUUGGGCACAGCAGACCUCAGAGAGUCCAGCAUGGAACAAGAAGGGCUAUCUCACCUGACGUUGCAACUCAUUAUUGCUCUAAUCACAAUCUCAGGACUUUCUGCUCUGGCCUUUGUGUUUUUAGCUAUGAAGUGUCUUAAAAGAUUGAAAGGAAGACACUCAGAUGUGGGUUGGACCAGCGACCUGAAGGUAGGAACUCUAUUCCUGUGGGAGGACACUUUGACACGUUCUCAGUACGCUUGAGCCAGGAGGAAAAAAUGGAAUUCCCUGCAGCCUUCAUUGGGGGAGAUGUUGUUUCUCCUUUUACCCUCCUAAGGCCUGGCCAGACCCACUUUUCAGAAGGGAG